UGCUAUAGACAACAUGUCUUCCAUUAACACUUGUUUCUAUGUUAUAGUUUCUAUUCUUUCUCUUUUGGCUUUUUCAAGCAAUGCAAACCUUUCUCCCCACUUUUAUGCCAGAACUUGCCCCAACCUUCAAACCAUAGUGAACAAUACAAUGAAACAAGCCAUUGCCACAGAACCUAGGAUUGGUGCCUCUAUUCUUCGCUUGUUUUUUCAUGAUUGCUUUGUACAAGGCUGUGAUGCAUCAAUUCUAUUGGACGACACUGCAACAUUCAUAGGAGAGAAAACUGCAUUUCCUAACAUAAAUUCAGUGAGGGGCUUCGAAGUUAUUGAUAACAUUAAACACAACGUUGAAGCUGCUUGCAAUGCCACCGUGUCUUGUGCUGAUAUUCUUGCACUUGCCGCAAGAGAUGGAGUUGUGCUCCUAGGAGGACCCUCAUGGAAAGUGCCUCUAGGAAGAAGAGAUUCAAGAACAGCAAAUAAGAGUGCAGCCAACAGCGACCUCCCUUCACCUUUCUUAAACCUCUCCGCCCUGAUAACCUCGUUUGCACACAAAGGUCUGACAGCAAGGGACCUAACAGCGCUCUCAGGAGGCCACACAAUUGGCAAAGCACAGUGCCAAUUCUUCAGGACUCGCAUAUACAACGAAACCAACAUUGAUCCUAACUUUGCCGCCACAAGAAGGGCCACUUGUCCUGUUUCUGGAGGGAACACCAACCUGGCCCCUCUUGACACCGUCACACCAACCCAUUUUGACAACAAUUACUACACUAACCUUGUGAACCAACGUGGCCUUCUCCACUCUGACCAAGUGCUUUUCAAUGGUGGCUCUCAAGAUGCCCUUGUGAGUACCUACAGUGGCAAUUCUGCUGCCUUUUUCAAGGACUUUGCUGUUGCCAUGGUGAAGAUGGGCAACAUUAGUCCUCUCACUGGGACCAAUGGGGAGAUCAGAAGAAACUGCAGGGUGGUGAACUGAUAAUAGUAUGGCAAU